AUGUCCACUGUCCAGACUCCCAUGAUGGAUGGCUACUCGACCACAGUGCCUCUGAAUGCCCUGCCUGAGGACCGUCGCUCCUCAGUCAGCGGCUUGCCCGUCGAGAUUCUCUCUGCUAUAUUCUGUCACCUGGCGUCUUCCGCAGCGCCUACUCUGAAGGAACUUCACGCCCCCGCUCCCCCGUGGUGUCCCGUUCUCCACGUUUGUCGCUGGUGGAGGCGCAUCGCUCUUGAAACGAAGGAUCUCUGGAGGCUGAUACCGCUUGGUAACGCCGAAUGGACGAAGAUGGCCUUGAGGUUGUCGCAUCCGCGCAGCAUAUCCCUCAUUGUCCCCGAAAUCGAGCCUGUCGAUGGAUCGGAGACGACUCAUGAUUUUCUCCCCGUCGUCAUGCUAGUACUCCCGGAACUUCACCGUGCUUACUGCAUUCAUCUUGGCUUCGAUUGGACGGCCGUCUUCAUGCCUCAUGCCAACGACCGCAGUUUAUUUGCAAGGCUCAAGAACGUGGAUCCGGUUGAACUCGUCGACCUCCGCCUACAAGCAGACGACAUUUACGCCCCAGUGCACAGUGCGGUCUUCAAGAGCGAACCCGCUCGCCUACGCUCUCUGAACAUGGAUUCCUACGUGCUUCACGAACAUCCAGAUGUAUUCGCGAAUACUUUGACGACGCUACGAUUAGACGACUGCAGUCUGACACCGACUUACAAUCUGACCGACUUGAUCAGCAACAUUGCUCUUAUGCAGUCUUUAGAAGUGCUGGAGGUAUCAUACCUCAGUCCGGAAGUCCUGGAAACCCUCUCGUUUGGAGUAGAAGGCAUUCGCCAUCGCGUCCUUCUUCCGCAUCUCAAGGACCUCACAAUCCAGGGCCCAUACCUCAUUAUCAACGCGUGUCUAACAGGUAUCGAAUCACCGCCUCACUGCUUCAUGCGACUCAAGACACGUACUUAUCGUGGCUAUCAUGAACCAUCGUCCGCAGACUCGGUUCGGAGUCUGAGUCAAUCACUAGGUCCUCGAUUCGCUUCGAGCAUGAGCGACUCCCGGAUGCGCCUGAAUGUUACGCUUGGUGAUGCCAUUUACGGUCGCGGAACUUUUGAGGUCAAGCUUCGCGGCGGCCAGGAUCGCCGCAUUCCAGGCACUCGAUGUGCCUUUGAAUGGGGCACGGAUGCCAUUGUAGACGAUGAACACGUCGACCUAGCGCCAUUGUCAAGCCUCGUCGCUAUUCUUCCGAAUGACAUCGCGAUCUCCUCGAUUUCCAUCGACGUGGAACUGACGGCCGACGAUUGGCGGAUGCUGCACCCGCUGCUCGCCAGAGUCCGGGUGUUGCGGUUCCGGUUUCCUCAAACUGUGAAGGAUUUUCCGCUCGUUUGCCGCGGUUUGGAUGACGCCGAGAUGCCUCAGCUUGAGGAGAUCGAGUUCAACUGCCUAAGGUUGCCGGGUGCGCAGACGGGGACAUAUUUCUCCCUCAUGCGCGCGGUCAUCCAGAACUGCCUCCCGCGGGGCGGAUUCAAGAUCAUGAUGCUUGUCGGUCGUGGAUGGCCGACCCAAGAAGACCUAGAGACGAUAGGAUCCUACGGCGGAAUUCCUGACGGAAAAGGGUCCGAACGACGCCGCUUGAUGGGGACCUGGCUAUCAUAUUAA